UUGUAAACAUAGAAAACUUUCCGCAAUAUGAUAAUGCGUCAUCCGAAAAGAGAAUAUAAUACAUAUUUUAUUAAACAUAAAACGCAUGGAGAAUAUUCAGCUCGUUACUCACUGAAUGUCUAUUCGAAGAAAAGAAUAUCAUUCAAUCUUUUUCUAAUUGAAUAAUUCAUUUUGUGUUCUGUACUUUUUAUCAAUAUUUUAAAACAACGAUGUAUUUACUUCAUCCUAAUAUGCAACUUCCAAUUUAUUAAGGAAAAACAAAACAUUUGUGUGACUAUUACUAUAUCUGCUGUUGAUAAUUUUGAAGUUAAAGAUAAAGCAAGAAAACUAAUCGUAAUUUGAUGGAAGAUAUAACAAAUGGAUUCGUCGCCGCUGUACGUCACCAUUUUAUUAACACACUUGCAUGUUAGUUUUUCUUUCCGAGUAAACCGUGCUAUAACUGGUGACGUAAUAUCUGGCAAUGGGAUAGGAGAUUACUGUGGUCCGGGCGUGACCUCUUGCUCGUGUAAAGCAAAAGAGACGUUUCUAUCAGAAUUGCCUAAGGCAUGUGUAGCCACAGUACCAGAAUGUCAGUUACUUGUGGAAGGGUCCUCUUCAUCGCUGUACACAGCAAAUAAAAGCCCCGGGGCCUUCUACGUCCUUAACAUAAUAACAGGGUCAUCACAAGCAGUGUGCGAAGAUGGGAUGGCCGUCACUUUACCUGUAUUUGUUAGAGAUUUUCAAAACAUCAUGAUAUGGAACACACUGUGGACACACGAUUUUAAGGAGAGGAUCAAAGCUGAGGUUGUAGGAAUGAAGGUCAAACUUAGUCUCCGUUCACAUUGGACUGGUCUGUUGAUGAAGAUCUACAUUAACUGUGGCAACAAAGUGCAAUGUUUGGCUAUAAAGUUCAGAGGAGAACAGACUUAUCCACUGACGUUCGACGCCAUGUCAUCAAUCAUCGGACCUUACUUUCCAUUACCAUCCAUUGUACAGCAGUCCACCACGGCAAUAACAACGACAUCUCAAAUCAACUACUCUAAAUCCUUUUUUGUGACGAGUACAAAAAACACAUUAACCAGCACGUUGUCUGAAAACGUCAUCAUAAAAUAUUCUACGUCAACGCGUCGAAUAUCAACAACAACGUCGGAUAAAUCAUCUUUUCCAGACGAAACAACCUUGGGUGAAAAAACCAGUACGUUAACAUCAACCAAUAUAACAGCAUCAUUUAAAACAUCAACAUCGUCAUUAAAUGAAAUAACAACAACACUGAAGUCGGAAAAAACAGUAGUAACAUCGACACUGGAUACGAAAAGAACAACGCAGACGGCAAAUAUAAAGAUAUCAUUAUUGACAAUGAAUAGAGAAAUACCAACUAAAACAUCGACCAGAACGUCGACAACAACAGCGACAAAGCCAUCUUUACCUUCAACACUAACAAGUAGAUUUUCUGUUAAUAAAACAACAAUGGCCGUCACUCAACGUGCAGUUUCUUUUAAGACCUUCACUCAGCAUGCAGGUACAACAUUCGCACGAUCAGUUCAUGACGUCACAACUUCAAGAAUAUACGGCAGCAUAAUACAAAAAACUGUAUCCAGUAUGAAGCCGACACCGUUACUUACCGCACGUUACUCGAAAAUAAUUGUCAAUUCUUCCUUGACGUAUGUUGUACGACCUACGACACACAGGCUAAACGUCGUCGUUUCGUCAACCCUGAUUAUCGUGCCAGCAGUAGCAGCACUUUCAUCAAACGACGAUGGAUUAAGUGUCGGAUGGAUAGUUUUAAUCAUAUUGUUGUUGUUGAUCUUGCUCAUACUUCUCAUACUCAUAUGUUGGUUGUGCCUUCGGAGGAAGAAAAAGCGGGUGCUUAUAGCGGAGGGAAAUAAACACAUCAUUGAAAACGAGUAUCCUUCUAUCCUACAAUUAAACCAAAUGGGAUCGCUGUCCUCUGCACCAGCCUUCCUAAACACUCAUCAAACGCCAGAUUUCAAAGCUUCAAGAGAUAAUCCAGUGUUUGAGUGGGACGAAGAAAUCCACUUUGAUCCCAACAUUGAUGUUGCAGAUGACGUCAUACCACUUACAAUUCUUCCGAAAGACGUCACGGACGAUUCUAAUUCACCGUCAUCAUCAACCGAUAAACGACCUUUAAUUAUUCAUGACGUGUUAAGUAACGUUGAAGACAAUGAGGAAAAUAAAACAGAUGUUGCCAACGCAAAGCUGACUAAUCCUUUCCUAGACAGCCCUUCAGUUUCAGGCAGCGAGACCUCUGAUGUUAAUACUAUAUACGACAUACGGGAAGAAACGAAUCAAGACGGACAACUAGAUGCUGCUGGCGGACGGCAAAACAUGCCAGACGGCCAACAAAAUGUUCCUGAUGACUUAGAUAUCGGAUUGAAUGGUUUGAUAGAAGAACCAAAACGUGCUGCACCUUUGCUAAAUAAUUCACACAAGAAUAAUCGGUUAACCAAUAACCGGCAGUACAACAAGAAAACUAUUUACGACUCACCAGAAAGCAUUAGUAGGUAUAUAAUGGAGAGAGGUGAUAAGUUGCGAUAAUGUUUGUUUUGAUACAGAGGAGUUAAUCGUCAACGCGGAGGAGUCCAUCAUCAAUCGCUAAUACGGAGGGGUUCAUCGUCAAUACGGAGUAGUCCAUCUCAUUACGGAGGGGUUUAUCGUCAACACGGAGAAGUUUAUCGUAAAAAAGGAGCAGUUCAUCUGUAAUACGGAGGAGUUCAUCGUCAACAUGGAGGAGUUU